ACAAUAGCUCUCCAGCCGAUCAAAUAUUCUAUUUUUGGCACAGUGACCCACCUUCCACAGACUGUGGAAAUUAUGAAUAUCUGAACUUUGUUAUCGUAAUAUCUCAACAAAUGUUCAAAGGCUGCACAUCGUAAUUCGUAUACCAAGCGUAACCACUUACACCUGAGUAGUUUGCACCCAAGUUGGACCCAAUUAAUUUACACCCAAAAAAAUCAAUGCUGACAAAAUGAAAAGAACAUACUUAAAUAACGGUUUCGUACAAUAAAAACGUUCAGAAUGGUACACUUACGAUAUCGUCAACGAACUUUCAAUGUAGGUCUUAUCAUGAAAUCAAUGUAUUUUGAAUUUUAUAUAGCUAUUUUCACACACGCCUGUUUCUUUCAAGGCAGAAAUGGCAACUGUGCAUGCUCAAGGAUCAAGUUGGCAGUGUGAUAAAUCACUGGUAGAAUGUCUGAAUCAUCUAUUCACUUCCGGUAUAGCUUGUGACGUCACUUUCCUGGUUGGAGAGAACAAAUAUAGGAUUCCCGCGCAUAAAACUAUUCUCAUCAGCAGAAGCCCUGUAUUUUACGCCAUGUUUGAGGGAAAUCUCGCCGAAAAGGGCGAAGUGUCAAUUCUAGAUAUUGAACAAGAGGUGUUCACAAUGUUUUUGAGGUAUCUGUAUACAGACACAAUAGAACUGACCGUCAAUAUCGCAACCUCUGUCCUGUCAGCUGCGAGGAAAUACAUGGUUGACCGUCUUGUCAAAAAGUGUGAAACUUUUUUAAAGAGUUCUCUUACCGCUAAAAAUGUAUGUCUUCUAUUAGAACAAGCCCAUGUCUACACAGAGGAAAGCCUGAAGGAGGACUAUCGACGCGUCAUCGCAAGGUCUUCGAAAGAAGCACUGAAGUCUAACAGUUUCGUCGACCUGUGUAGCGUUUGUAUAAAGAGUAUCACAGAGUCAGACGAAUUAGCGGUGGAGGAGAGCGUGGUGUACGAGGCGGUGAUUCGGUGGUCAGAGGCGGAGUGUGGACGUCAGGGCCUGGAGGUAACAGAUACAAACCGACGGGAGGUACUAGGGUACAUAAUCUACACAGUCAGGUUUCCUAUUUUGGACACGAAGUAUUUGUUACAACAUGUCAUAACGAGAGAUGUCCUGACGGCAGAACAGUUAGUGAGCGUCCAGAGAUUUCAGCAGGACAACAAAGCAUAUCCAUGCACAGAAUUUAGUGCAAACCGACGAAAAAUUGAAAACCCAGCAUGUAGCAAGUAGCAGCGCAGCGGGAAGCGAUUCUAUGUGGGAACGGGUGCAUUACUCCACGGAUUGUUUUUAGAUCUAGAAGCUCUGUCGUGCCAUCUGAUUGCUUUUGAGAUGCAUAUUUGAGUAUAAUUGCAAUGCAUACAUCAAAUGAAAGGAAAAAUAUUUUCCUAUCCAUAUAGACUGCUCAUUGCUUCAUAUUAUGAACGGUUAUGACAAAACCGUAUUAUUUCUGGAACGGGGUCAAUUUACUCUGGGGACAGCUAGCAACCUUGAUUAUAUUUUGUUUUAACUUAUAUUUUUAUUAAGUUUUUCAAAGCACAUACACAUGACAAUAUUUGGGAGACUAUAACAUAUUUCACCGUUCACUCAUCCUAAACAUUUCAUUCACAUUUCAUGGUAACCAUACUCAAUUCUUAUACCAAGUAAUCUAAGUAUUGGAUCUGUAGGGAAUAUUAAUCUGACUUACUGAUCGUGUGUACUAUCAUAACAGAGCAUGUUAAUUUAUGACAUUUUCAUUUCAAAUAUUUCAUAUAUAAUCAUACACACCAUAGAUCUGUAUAAAACAUGCAUAUCAAACAUUUCAUACACCUGUAAAGAACAGUUAUAUAAAAAAAAAUCAUACACACCAUAGAUCUGUAUAGAACAUUCUUACCAAAUAUUUCAUUCACACCAUAGAUCUGUAUAGAAACAUUCAUAUUAAACAUUUCAUACACACCAUAC